AUGGAUUUCAGCAACCUGAAGGAGUCCGUCGCCAACUUGACGUUGUACGACCUCAAGGCCGGCGUGCGGAAAGUGCAAAAUGCCGUCAUGAACUACACAGAAAUGGAGUCCAAGGUCCGCGAGGCCACCAACAACGAGCCCUGGGGGGCCUCGUCGACGCUCAUGCAGGAAAUUGCCAACGGCACCUUCAACUACCAGACCCUCAACGAGAUCAUGCCCAUGAUCUACCGCCGCUUCACCGAAAAGGCCGCCGAGGAGUGGCGCCAGAUCUACAAGGCCCUGCAGCUGCUCGAGUUCCUCGUCAAGCACGGCUCCGAGCGUGUCAUUGACGACGCCCGCUCGCACCUCACCCUCCUCAAGAUGCUGCGUCAGUUCCACUUUAUCGAUGCCAACGGCAAGGACCAGGGCAUCAACGUCCGCAACCGCGCCAAAGAGCUGGCCGAGCUGCUGGGCGACGUCGACCGCAUCCGCGCCGAGCGGAAAAAAGCCCGCGCCAACAAGGGCAAGUACACAGGCGUCGGCAGCAGCAUGGGCAACGGCCGCUUUGGCGGCUUUGGCUCGGACUCGGGCGGCUUUGGCAGCAGUUCGAGUGGCGGCGGCGGCAGCGGCGGCUAUGGCGGCUACUCGGGCGGUGUGUACGGGGACGGCGGCGGAUUCGGUGGCCAGGGCGACUACAACGAGUCGGGCGGCAGCACGGCCAUGGGCGGCUCGCGGUCCGAGCGGUUCGAGGAGUACGACGAGUUCGACGAGGGCGAGACGCGGGCGCGCACGUCGUCGGCGGCGCGCGCCGGUGUGAAGCGCACGACGGGCGGCAGCAGCAGCGCAACGACGUCGUCGUCGCGGCGGACGGCAUCGGCGGCCGCGGCGGCCGAACCGGCGGCGCCGCCCAAGGCCAAGGCGCCCGAGGUCGACCUCUUCUCGUUUGACGAUCCUGUGCCCAGCACGUCCUCUGCCCCGCUGUCGGCUGCGGCGGCUGCCGGCAACGACGACGACGACUUUGACGAUUUCCAAUCGGCACCAACGGCUGCCGCCCCCUCUGCCGCCUCCAGCGAUCCCCUGGCCGGCCUCGCCGCGCUCUCGAGCCCGCCUCUCACCACAUCCAGCGCCGCCGGCGCCCAGUUCGCUGCACCGCAGCCCGUCUCGGCGCCCCAGCAGGUCAACCUGGCCGGCAUGGUCGGCAUAUCGUCCAUCUCGCCGCCGCCUGCGACGGGCAACGGUGGCGCCAACUACGCCGCCUUCCACGCGCCGCCUGCCGCACCACAGCAGCAACAGCAACAGCAACAGCAACAACGGGCAGCCCCGGUCAGCGGCUACCAGCCCACCCAGCCCAACUACUACCAGUCCGUCCAGGCCCAACCGACCGGCACCUCGCCCGUCUUCCAGUCGUCCACGGCCGGCACGACGUCUUCCAUCUUUGGCGCCGCCAGCACGUCGUCCUUCAACAAGUCCGCCUCCAGCGGCUCGGCGGCCGGCAUGGCGGCCCUGCGGCCGGUGGUGUCCACCGCCAACAGCGCGUCGUCGGUGGCCAAGGCGCCCGCUGCCGCGUCGUCGUCGGGUGGGAGCGACGCAUUUGGCUCGCUGUGGUCGACGGCCAGCACCGGCAUCAAGAAGACGGGCCCCGGUGCCAAGGGCCCCUCGAUGGGCCAGCUGGCACAGGAGAAGAGCCAGGCGGCCAUCUGGGGCGCGCCGGCCUCGUCAUCGUCCACGCCGGCAUCCUCCUCGGCCAAAACAAACCCGGCACCGACGGGCAACGGCCUGGACGACCUGCUGGGCUGA